UGGGUGGAUAUGGCUACAAAUUCUGAGAGAGAGGGUGAUGGUGAGGAAAAUUUGGACAUCAGGCUUAGACAAGAUGAAGAAAUGGAAUUUUUCACGGAGCUUGCACUUCAUGAAGCAGAGCGAUGGAUUUCGGCUGUGACCAGGAAAAAGUUCUCGCAUCCUGAUGACUUCAGAAAGUCUCUUGAAAAUGGUGUACUUCUGUGCGAGCUUCUAAACAAUCUGAAACCAGGAUCUGUGAAGCGAAUCAACAAACUGCCUGGUCCUAUUGCUGGCUUGGAUAACAUUAAUGUGUUUUUAAAAUCUUGCCGGGACACCCUUGGACUUGGCAGUAAUCAGCUGUUUGACAUCGGAGACUUGGAGGAUUUAUCCCAGCGAGCUAUUGCAGACUCAGAUAAUUUGAAGCAGGAAGUCGACAGAAGAUCCUUGAAUGUGGCCAUUACCAUUUUCUGGUUAGGAAGAAGUGUUUCUCAAACCUACAGUGGUCCACAACUAGACCAGUCUGCUUUCUCUGCGAUUGUUCGGUACAGUGGAAAAGACCUCCUCCCAAAAGAACGACACAGGAAUGAUUCGGUUGAUUCCUCUGACCAGACCUCCAGCGCUUACAGUUCACAUGAUACCAACUCGCGAGUGAGCAAUGAGGAUUUAUUAGAAAACAAACACAUCAGGGAUAGUUCUUGUGAUUCUGUUGUCUCGAAGGAAUCCACCCCUAGUCUUGAUUUGGAAGAUGAAAGCAUGCCCAGUUCUGUAACAAGUAAAAUGAGGAGAUACAACAGUGCAGGCUCUCUAAAUACAAGUGGUGGCUACCAUUUCUCUGCCACCCAGAACAGUAUCAAUGUGGAUGACCAUGGUCAUACAAACUCAAACCAUCACAGGCGUGGUUCCUCCACUGACAGUAUGGACAGCAGCAGUUACCUAGGUAACCAUUCACGUCAGUCAUCAGACAGUGCUAGCGUGGAUAUUCCAACACGUACUUUGAAGUCCCAGAGAAAGGCCAGUUCCUCUACACUGGACCCUCUACAGUUUGUGAAGUCUAAGGGAGCAGACAAACUGGCCAAGGAGGCCCAGGAACAAAUAGAGGCGGCCAAGGAAACCAAAUUGAUGUCAAGGUCGGUCAUUCCAGAGAAAGAUGAUGUGGACUGGCAGUCGACUACAGAUGACCUUGGCGACUGGCAAUCAAAUCUGAGUAGCUGGAAGAACCGCCGGCGGCGAGCAUCUUCUGCGGCGUACCAGCGAGUUGAUGAAACAGACAAAUUGGCUCAAGAAGAGGAAGAAAAGAGGAAACCAAAGACGUAUAGUGAGAUGAUGUCUGAAAGAAAGAAGAGAAUGAGUACGGGGACACUGAAUUUUUACCCACUGGAUGAUGAUGACAACGACUUCCUCAGUAAAAAGUCCGAGCCUGUAGAGGAUGUUAUACAGAAGAGAGAACUUAUCAGGCAGGAGACAGCGCCAUCUGUCAGACUACAGCAGCGUCUGUCUCUGAAAAAUAGAGCAAAUUCUGUUGGAAGUGACAAAGCAAGUUACGAGGAAAAGGAGGUGGCGGACUGGGCAAAGGAUGAUGAUGAACAAGAUCAGGGUAGUAAACACGAGGGACUGGAUAAAAAGUCAGUGGAGGAUCAAACAAGUGCUCCAAGAAACACUCAUGAUGACAAAUUUAACAGAGGGAAAGUGUCAGAAAAUAAAAAAUCUUUUAGUAGUGAUUCCUCGUGGAGAACACAGUCAAAGCAAGACAGUUCUGCUGCCAAAAAGAGUGAAGAUAAUAAAUCAUCUGUUAGUAAAAUUGGCAACAUAUUAAAAAGUUUUGAGAAAAAAGAACAAGUGGAUUAUGAAAAACCAAAGAAAAAAUUUGAGUUUAGUGUGGAGGCUGGGCGAACUCGCUCAAAGUGGCAGGAAUUGGAGAAAAAAGAGACGAAUAGCCCACAGCCAGUAAAACUAUCAGAUCGCCCUGUAGCAAAAUCACACCCAGCAAAGGCUUUCACAGAGAAAAAUAUAAAGAUAAACCUACAGAAGCCUCAGAACACAUCCAGAGGUUUUGGAUUUAGUAUCUCAGGAGGCGUGGAAAAGAAACAGCCCGUAACGGUGUACAAAGUCACGAUAGGUAGUGCAGCUGAUGUUUGUGAUUUACAAAUGAAGGAUAUUAUCCUGUCUAUGAACAGGAGAGACAUUUCUUCCAUGACAUUACCCCAGGUCCAGCACAUCAUAGACAAUGCUGUCAGACAUGGCCAACUUGAGCUGAAGAUCAAGCGAGAGAUUGGAGAUGAUGAUGACAUUGAGGAUGAGGCAUUUGAGGAAACACCAGCAAAUUCACAGAAUCACUCCCCAAUCUGGAAGUCCCCUGCCCUAGCUCCCAAAACACACAGUCCCAAAACCAGCACCUCUCCAGCUACCAGUCCAAGCUACCUUCAAAGACAUAAAGACAAGUCAACACAUGACCAUCACACAACAGCUAACAGUCCAAGCUACCAUCAUGGACAUGCAAAGAAAUCUGACUUGGAACAUCAUAGACACAGUGAAAAGUCUACACCAGAACAUAUAGCUCAUAGACACCACGAAAAGUCUACUCAAGAACAUCAUAGACACCACGAAAAGUCUACACCAGAACAUCAUAGACACCAUGAAAAGUCUACACCAGAACAUCAUAGACAUAGUGACAGGUCUACAUCAGAUCACAUCAGACAUGAUGAAAGGUCUACACCAGAACACCAUAGACAUACUGAGAGGUCCACAUUUGAAUAUAGCAGAAAGGAGGAAAAACCAGAGUCUAGUCCCAGUUAUUACCAAAGACAUCAUGAUACAGCUGUAUCCAGUAAGAAAACAGAGAAAGUGCCCCCUCCAGUUCCAGUUAAAAGGACUGUAGCACAAAGGGAGGAGGCAAAAGAAGAGGUAGUCUUUUCCACAAAGUGGGAGUCACCACAUCAGGAGCCACAGAAAGAGGAGCCUAAAUCAGUGGAGGAUGAACCAAUGUGGAUCAUGGACAAACUCAAGGCUGAGCACAAACCUGCCAAGGACUCCCCGAUCCUAGACACCAGACAGUCAGAGACAAAUAACAAUGAUGUGAAACAGGAAUCCUCAAGUGAGAGUGAGAGUGACGUAGAGGAAGAGGAGACUCCAGUCUCCGAGGAGAUCCGUGAGGAGAAGUCACCUCAGAUAGAAACAGAGGUGGUUCAGAGGCCUACCAUCACUCUUAAAAAACAUAAAGAACCUGAGAUAGUUGAACCAGAGCCUCCAGUAGUACCAAAUUCUUCCUUCCUACAGGAGUCCCCACCCCCACCUCCACCCUCUGAGGCACCCCCUCCUCUGAAACCUAGUAAUCUGGAUGAGGAUUUGUUCAAGCCUCCAGACAUCCUUAGGCGGUGGCAAAGGUCAAGGUCAGGGAGGUCUUCCUCUUCCAACUCACUGGACAGUGAUGCUGAUAAACGUCUGAGUUCGUCAUCUCUGCACGCUGAGGCAAGUAGUAUUAAAGUAAAGAGUCAGUCAUUUCAAAAUCUAUGUGGUAAGUUUGACAGUAAUGAUGUCAAUGUUCAGAAAAAGCCACCAGUUCCAGAAAAACCCAGUCAAAGUAUUCUGAUGAGUGAGGUGAGAUCAUUUUGUCCUAGCAGUCUUAGACCUGCUGGAAUCUCACCAGAAGGUGUCAAGAAUCGAUCUAGCAUCAUGACAAAAAAGCAUGUUCCAUCCAGAAGUAUGUCUGAGAGUGAUGCAAUACCAAGUCAUCUACAACCUACAAGGUGCAGGUCUCCAGUCACUGAGGGAAACAAUUCAAAAGUAAGAUCUGCUAUCAGUCAGGAAUCUGUAAAGACAUUCAGUGGAGAUAAACAGCAUCAAACAGAUUCCAAAAAUGUUAGGGACAUAAAGAACAUGGGCGCAAUGUCUGACAAAUAUCUAGAGGCAUCAUUAACCCUGUCCAGAAACAGUUCACAGAACAACAAAGAACCAUCUAAAAACAAGUGGAAUUCUUCAUUUGCCAUGACUCAUUUUACAUCCAAUUCAGGAGAGAAAACAAAUCUAUCCAGACAAAAAUCUAGCAGUGCAACAAAUUUAGCACAGCAAUUCCACUCAGGAACUGGUCAACUUAGAAGACAUUUGUCUCAGGAAGAUGGAAUAGAUCAGCCAGGAAGGUUGAUCAAAACUAGAGAUAUUUACCUAAAACCAGACAAGCCAGAAGAAUCCAAAACCAAGAAUCUAAAUUUGAAUGAUACCAAAAUUAACCAAAAAACUACUCAAAAAGACCCCAGUGGAAAUGGGAAAAAUCCUAGAAUCAUGGUGAAUAAAUAUGGCAUUCAGAGUGGAAAUAAAGGAAAUACCCUAGACUCUUUCAGGACCAAAAGAAUAGUUUCUGAUCGAACUGAGGUCAGGAUGCCCAGAAGAGGGACCCCUGUCAUGAAGAAAUGGCCAUCAGAGGGCUCGUAUCUUGUGGAUAUGGACCUUGAUGUAGACUCAGAACCAGAGGUGGACCUGAGGACCGAUAAAAGCCUAACUUCAAUGUUUCCAUGGCAAACUGAAUUGGGGAGAAAGGCAAGCUUUAAGGCUACUAAGAAUUUUAAGAAUACAGUAACUGCUCAGAUUAAUAGAGUUAGUCGUGAUUUUAGUUCAGAUGAAGCAGAGAGUAGUGUUACAAGCUCUGUUGAGGAUCACAGCAAAACAGGGAGUAGUGGAGAUUCUAUCAAAUUUGGAAUCCGUUCAAGACCAAAACAAGAAAAUGGCCUGAAUGCUCAUUCAAGAUCAACCAGUUUUCCCAUUUUACCACCAGAAGAUUCACAUUUUGUUCAGGACCAGGUUGGUUUUGAUGUCAAGUUAAGGAAAAUCACAGAAGAGCUCGAGCGAGUCAGACAAGAAAUGUUAGAGAAGACUGUAGGGAAGUUCAACAUCAAUCAAGCCAAUUCAAGCCAUGUAGAAAUAGAACCUUCCAAGGAGACGCGUUAUGAUGCCACAGUGGGACAGCCAGUGACACUACAGAUAUCCACUGCUACAUCUCAACUGAUCAUUGAUCCUCGGAACCAGGUCAAUGAAGAGGAGCCUGCACCUUUACAGGAGUAUAGCUUCCAUGUCAAUCUGGAUCAGCCCAAAGAGAAAGGAAGUGUGCAUCCAGUGCGAGAUUUGCAUCAUGACCAACAGCAAUCACAAGAGGAAGAGGAGGUUGAACGCAGAAUGAAAGAAAAAGAGGAGCAGCUGAAAAAGCAGGAGGAAGAGAUUAGAAAAGAGAGAGAAAAAUUGCGUCUCGAGCAAGAAAGAGUUCGACGUGAAAGAGAGGCUCUAGAGAGACAAAAACAGGAGGAGGAAAAAUCCAAACAUCGCUCAGCAUAUGAAACCAAGGGUGAAGUAAAUGGUUAUGAUAAACCUAGUGAUAAUGUGACUCAGUUCAGCGUGUCUCAGGAAACCAACCAGGGACCAAGGAGACUAGAGACCUUGUGGGCACCAGAUCCAAACAAGGACAAACAGAGGUGGUCCAGAGAAGAUAUGCUGGCCAUGAACCGGAAACCUACUCCUCUGCAGAAAAAACCUGAAGCUGAACCAGAGACAGAGAGCUCAAAGGAGGUUCAUUCUAAUUCUGUGCCAAAAUCUAGACAACACAGCAGUGACUAUAAUCCAACACAGACGCGGCCCCACAGAUCUGAACACAAUACACACUCGCACUGGAUGGUGGAGGAAGCAGAGAGGAGGAGAAGGGCUGAUAAUAAACGCCAUUCUGUUCAUUCUUAUGGAGGACCAAUUAAACCGGUGCAUCAGGAGGGGCUAGCCAAUCGUUGGCGAGAUGAUACCUCUAUCCCUAAACAACAGACAUAUACAACUAACAGUGUGAUUUCCCCUAGAUCUUUGAAUACCAAACAGUUUAGUGCUGUGAAUGAACCAGACAAACUGUCUCAGACUCUUCCAGCAAAUUACAGUUAUGGUCAUGGACCAAAGACAGACACCAGUGUGCGACUAUCCAGAGGCUCCCCUACUCCUCCCUCCCCUUCCUCACCCCCCAGUCAUGCUGAACAAAUCAUGGCUGUCAGUGGAAAACAGCUGUGCUCUCAUUGUGCCCAAGAAUUAGGUUUUGGAGCUGCUAUGGUCAUCGAAUCCUUGGGUCUGUAUUACCAUGUACAGUGCUUCCGAUGUUGUGUCUGCCACACGACGCUGGGAAAUGGAUCCCAGGGUGCUGAUGUUCGAGUCCGGGUCAACAAGCUUCACUGCCGCAACUGUUAUAGCAAUGACGAGGCUGGUUUGAAAUUUAGUAAAGUAUGAAUGGUUUCCUUGAAAUGAUAAACUGUGUCAGGAUGUUAGAAGUUGACAGUAUACUGGCUCUGUGUGAAGCUUCAGUGAUUUGGCAUAUCUAUAAAGCAGGUGCCCCCGUCAAGGGCAGACAACUUUCCAGGGAUUUAGUCUUAGUUAUCCACAUGACGCCUCCUGGUUGCUUUGUUACACAAGAUGGGGAUGUGGCAAUGUAAAAUGUAUUCCGUGUUCAAAUGUGCUUCCAAAAAAUUUGAACAAGCAACUAGGAAAAUGUGUUAUUUUUUGUAAGGGAUAUACAUUUACAUGUUGUAUGCAAGUGGCAGUUAAGGCCACAAAAGCAAUGCCAACUUCAGUGUUAUAUUUGCUUGAUUUUGCUUUUAUAUAACUCUUAAGUAUUAUGCAAACAAUCUAUAAGAUUUCAAGAGGCAGAUGUUAGAAUUUAUUUCUGAAAGGUUUUUGCUUCUUUGAAGUUCUGUAAAAGGACACUCCAAUUGAAAUUUGAAGCUACUAAUUGAAACACUUACUAUUCACAUUUGAAAUUUGUUAAAGUUAUGACAUUUUUAUACAAGCACAGUUUUGCUUAAAAAAAAAACAACUCAGAAACUACAUGUAUAUGUUGUAAUCAAAAUGGCAAACUGUAUUUAGAGGACCAAGAUGUACCUCCAAGGAUCUUUGUGUACAUGAUGAGCAGUUUUAGCUUGAUAUUUUAAAUUUACAACAGUAUUCCAAAAAAAUUCAUGUGUUGUGAACCUGCUAAAUGUAUAUCAUUGAUAAUCAUAUUUACACUUGUUAUGUUGGGUGUUGGUGUACCAUAUAUAACAUUCAGUUGUCAUGAAUGCAUUAUUUUGUUCAUGUAAUGCCCUUAUUAUGCAAACAUAUUGUGCCUUUCUUUAUGGGUAUUUUUCAGAAAUAGGAGUGAAAUAUUUAUAUCAUUAUAUAAAUUAUAUAAUUGAAUUGCGAUAGGUUCAAAACUCCUAUAUUUUAUUGUUGUCUUAAACAUUCCAUGGCCAGAUUGUUAAAGCAUAUUUUGUCUCAAAACGAAUUAUUUUUUCCACAUAUUAUAUCCUUUUUUUGCAUAUUGCUGUGAUCAGGGUAGAUUGAAGAUUUAUUGAAAUUUUGACCAUAAUGUUACUGAUUUUAACACUUUUACACAACUUGUAUGCAUAUUUAAUUUUGGAUACAGGGUGUCCAGUGUCAAUUAUUAAAAUAUAAGCAAUAAUAUCCUAAAUUCUAAUUCCUUGUCAGGCAUUAUAUACAUGUAUUAUUCAGAUUUACUAAUCAUUUGUAUACAGGCAAGUAAUUGAUCAGUAUUUAGGCUUUGCUAUGAAUACAAGACUGUGUUGUUGAUUUUUUUUUCAAUAUUAAAAACAAUAGGUUUGAAAAAAAAACUUAAAGAAUAAAGACACCAAGAAUUAAAUGACAAACUUCCUUAUAAAAAGUGUUGAUUUUGAAGGCACAUUCUCCGUAUUUAAGAAUCUGCAGUCUUUUUUUUAUUUUCCUUCUUUUUUUGUGCAUAGUUGAAAGGGCAAAAACUGUGCAAUGUAAUGGAGCAAUAUUAUCCAUACAAUAACUACAGCAGGUCUAUCAUUUCUUACACAUAGAAAACUAUCACACGUGUGACAUAAUAUCAUAUAUAUUUUUAUAAUUUAUGUAUACAUAAUGGUACAUUGUUGAUUUUUUAAAAGGCUAUUACAAAUUAAAGAGGUGUACUAGAUCAGUGUUUUAAGGAAACACAGGCUUAAGUAAUUAAACAGCUCAUGACAAAAGUUCCAUUUGAUAAAUCUGCUGGUAAUUGCUUUUUUAAAAUUUGUUUAAUUGUCAGUUCUUUGGUAUGAUUUGCCAUGGCAUAUGAAAGUAUUGAAAAUCUCAUCACUCACUGCAGUGCAAAACAAUUCAGCUUGAAUAACAAUUUUUAUUUUAUCUCCAUACUGUAUACCAGUAUCUUAUACCUGUAAAUAAGCAGACAACUAUAAUAUAUUGUCAGAUUAAUAUAAUACUAUAAAUGGCUUAAUAUUACAAAUAAAAUUGUAGAAACCUCA